CGGUGGCUUUCCGAGGGGGACCGGUAGCCGCCAGGGGGAUCAGGUGCCGGGGACCGCCGCGGCAGCCGGGCUGGGGACCGCGCACGGCGAGGGGGAGCCCGGCCGGACCCGGGGACCGGCACAGAUCCCUCGCUCCCAAAUAGAUAGCGUUUUUUAAACUCUUUUUUUUUUUUCCCCUUUUCCUUUUCUUCCGUAUUUUUCGGUGGGGCAAGCCGGGCAGUUAUUUCCUCGCUUCCCUCCGCUGCUCCCGGCGCUCGCUCUCUCCGCGGUCGCUCUGGGCAGCGACAAUUUCAUUUCACAGCAGCUGCAAAACAAAAACUUUUUUCAAAGGAAAUAAACAGAUCCACGCACCCACCCAGGGGUUUGUUGGUUUGGGAUUUUUUUUGUUUGUGUGUUUGUGGGGGGUUUUUUGCCUUUAAAAUAUACAAACUUAGUAUUUUAUUUUGCAAUAAAAGUAUCGGAGAGAAAAAAAAAUACAAAAUACAAAAACCAACCAAAACCCAAAACACCCGCCAGGGUUUCUGUGCGUUCAAGCAACACUGCCCAGACAGUCAUUUUAUUUACUGCGAAGCUUUCAUUUUUGCGAUCUCGCAGUCCCCGGGUGAACUUUACUUUUAAGCCGCCCCAAAAUGCGCGAUCCCCGCUCAAAAACAGAUAAUUUUUUUUUUUGACCACUCGUUGCUAAGUCGCGCUUAGCUUAAUUUUGGACGCGGCUGAAGUUUGUCCAACGUCCUCGCCCCUCUUCGGGUCCUUCAUCUCUAAAAGAUUGCCGCCCUUGCCCCUGGCUUCUUCCAGCGUUCAAAGGGUGAUGAUGCUCCAGUAAUUUUCCCCGCUCAAUUCCUAGGCAUCGCUCUGCUUUCCUUCCGGGGAAGAUUGUUCUGCUUGUGAUCCUGCUGAGGAAAGAGUCUCCGAUGGACUUACACCGGGCAGCAUUCAAGAUGGAGAACUCACCCUAUCUCCCCAACCCACUGGCCUCCCCAGCACUGAUGGUUCUCGCCUCCACUGCCGAAGCCAGUCGUGAUGCUUCCAUCCCCUGCCAGCAGCCGAGGCCUUUUGGGGUCCCCGUGUCAGCAGAUAAGGACGUGCACAUUCCCUUUACCAAUGGCUCAUAUACUUUUGCCUCCAUGUAUCACCGCCAAGGCGGGGUGCCGGGGGCAUUUGCGAACCGUGACUUUCCUCCAUCCUUGCUUCAUCUUCACCCCCAGUUUGCACCCCCCAACCUGGACUGCACCCCGAUCAGUAUGUUGAACCACAGCGGCGUCGGCGCUUUCCGCCCCUUUGCGUCCACUGAAGACCGGGAGAGCUACCAGUCGGCCUUUACGCCGGCCAAGCGCCUGAAGAACUGCCACGACACCGACUCGCCCCAUCUGCGCUUCUCGGACACUGAUGGGAAGGAGUACGAGUUUGGCACCCAGCUCCCCUCCAGCUCCCCUGGCUCCCUCAAAGUUGACGAUACAGGGAAGAAGAUAUUUGCUGUUUCUGGCCUCAUUUCUGACCGUGAGACCUCAUCCAGUCCCGAAGACCGAAGUGACAGAUAUAGAAGCGACAACCAAAGAGGGCCCCAGGCGUCUGCAACUGCCACUCAUCGUAUGAUUUUAACUCUCCCCCUCUGCAAAAAGAAAGCAACUUUGUUUGACAGCCAGGCUCCAAUCUGCCCCAUCUGCCAGGUCCUUCUUCGCCCCGGGGAGUUGCAGGAGCACAUGGAGCAGGAGCUGGAGAAGCUCACACAGCUGAACAUCAGCAAGAGCUCCCUCCUGAAGGAUGCCAUGGCAGCAGGCACCCCCAAGUCAAUUUUGUUGUCGGCCUCAAUCAAGCGGGAAGGAGAUUCUCCGACAGCAUCGCCCCACUCCUCAGAUGACAUCCAUCACUCAGACAGAUACCAGACUUUCCUGCGGGUGCGAGCGAACCGGCAGACCCGGCUGAACGCUCGGAUUGGAAAAAUGAAACGGAGGAAGCAAGACGAAGGGCAGGUAUGUCCCCUCUGCAGCCGGCCCCUGUCAGGAUCCGAGGAGGAGAUGAGUAGGCAUGUGGAACAAUGCCUUGCAAAGAGAGAAGGUUCGUGCAUGACUGAGGAUGACUCUGUGGACAUCGAGAACGAGAACGGCAACCGCUUUGAGGAGUACGAGUGGUGCGGGCAGAAGAGGAUACGGGCCACUACUCUCCUGGAGGGAGGAUUCCGAGGGUCUGGGUUUAUCAUGUGCAGCGGGAAGGAGAAUCCGGACAGCGACGCUGACCUGGAUGUGGAUGGAGACGACACACUCGAGUACGGGAAACCACAGUACACAGAGGCAGACAUUAUCCCUUGCACUGGAGAAGAGCCAGGUGAAGCCAAAGAAAGGGAAGCGCUCCGAGGUGCUGUUUUAAAUGGUGGCACACCAAGUACUCGAAUAACGCCAGAGUUUUCUAAAUGGGCCAGUGACGAAAUGCCCUCAACGAGUAAUGGUGAAAGCAGUAAACAGGAGACCAUGCAGAAGACCUGUAAGAACAGUGACAUUGAAAAAAUUACAGAAGACUCGGCAGUGACAACAUUUGAAGCGUUAAAGGCUCGUGUCCGUGAGUUAGAAAGGCAGCUUUCCCGUGGGGACCGCUAUAAAUGUCUCAUUUGCAUGGACUCCUACACAAUGCCCCUGACUUCUAUUCAGUGCUGGCAUGUGCACUGUGAAGAAUGCUGGCUGCGGACUCUGGGUGCCAAGAAGCUCUGUCCUCAGUGUAACACCAUCACGUCUCCCGGAGACCUUCGGCGCAUCUACUUAUGAAGGACCCAGCAGGAGGGCAGGACCCAGCUACUCGGCUCAGCUCAUCACACCCAGGGGGAGAAGAACGACCACAACAAAAAAAAGACGUUUUAAAAUUUAAAGAAAAAACAAACCAGAGACUCCAGACAUGGACUCGAGGAUUCAGGAGCAGUGGGGAGCCUCGGCUGCCAGGUCCCGCAGUUUGAGACCUCCUUCAGCAUCUGCAGCGGGCAAAACCAAAUCCUUUGUUGUGAAGCCCCCUUUUUUAAAACCAGUGUUCCCCAUCACCCAUUCCCUGGAGCUGGCUUGGCAUUGUGGAUGGCUCGUGAGCCCUCCUUUGGACUGUGUUGUUGACCACUCUGCCCCCAGGAGACUGGGGAAGGGACCCUUCACAGAAAGAUGUUAAAUAACCUGUAACUUGUGUUCCUUGAUCAGUUUUUGUUUUUAUUUGUUUUGGUUUGAUUUUUUUUGUUUGGUUCUGUUUUGGUUUUUUGUGGUGUUCUAGUGAUGACUAAAAGGUUUGAAGAAAAAAAAAAAAAACACACCCAGGCAGAAAUGAAGCACAUGUAAUAUAGAUUAUAUAUGUUUACAAUGUUGUGUAUAAAUGGGAUAGACUCAAACAUUACAUACUAAUAAGUUUCCCUUUCUUUUCUUUGGGUUGUAUUUUUUUUAAAGAAGAAAAAAAAAUGAGCAGAGAACAUUAAACCCAUAUUUUUCUUGGUUCAGCAAAGUUUUGGCAUUAAAGUCAUUAGUUUAAAAAAAGUAUAUAUAUACAUAUAUAUAAUAUAAAUGGUUUAAUGUUCUGUGGUGUAUAUUUCCUCAUUCAGAUAUGAAGUUAACAGCUUUUAGUAAUGGCUGUAGCAUUGCCCAUAACUUACAGAACUUAUGGGGAGUAGAGGAGGUGGAUUUUUGUCAUUAGUUGUAGCUAAUGGGGCUAUUUAUAAUAGAAUCGUUAUCCCCGGAAAGACAGCUUUUAACUCCUCACAGGGGGCCAGGCAGGACAGGGGGAAUCUGGCUCAGCCCCCUUUAUCUUUCCCAGCUGGGCAAGGAGCAAAUGGUGAGGAGCUGGAAGGAGGGAGUCUGUCAGAGCCCUGCCCUCUCCCCUGGCUGGGAGUGCCUGCUCGAGGGUCCGGCUGAUGCCUGUGCUCCUCCAGCCACAGCCCCUUCCCCUGCCCUGCCUGGCCUUGCUUUCCUCCUCUGGGCAGCAUUUCCUGCUGAGGGUGCCUGGGCUGCUCAGGGUGGUGCUGAGGCAGGGGACAGGAUGGUGCUGCUGGUGGCUUUGCCCACAGACACUCAGCCAUUCCCUUGUGGGGCUGCCUGGCAGAGCCAGCCCUGCCCUGCUCUCGCUUCCCCCAGCUCCCACUCUCCUGCAGCCUGUGUUUUUCCUAAGAGGUUUUGGCACUAGGGCAGGGAGCCAAGGCAGCCUUGUCUCGUCCCCACUGCCACUCCCAGGGUCCAGCAGAGACAUUCUCAGCUGGACCCAGAGGUCCCCUGCAGUCCCUCAUGCUUGUCCCUGUCUCCCGUAUCCUCAGCCUUAACCAAAGCUGCCAUCUGGCCUGGUUUUUUGUUCUUUCUUUUAUUGUCAGGAUCCAAGAAUCAGAUAUUGACCCAUUUCCCAAGGCCUUGGGACUUCUCCCAGCUCCACACUGUAUCCCUGCCACAGCUUCCUGGGCAGUUGUGGGGUGCCAGCUCCCCACAUCCAGAAGACAGGGAGUGGGAAAGUUCAUCUGCCCCACUCCUUUCCAAGCAGAUUCCACCUGGCAACACAACACAGCUGGGCGUUUCAAGACAGUCUGGAAAAAGCAGUGGAUGAGGGGUUGGGAGUUGGGUCCCAGCGCUGCUGGGGUGUUUCUAGAGAGGGAAGGGCUGGGUAAGCAGGAUGUGUGGGGAGUGUGACAGUCCCACUGCUGCUUCCCUGAACUCUUUGCAGAGAACAGCUGCAGCCUUGGCACCUCCUGACUGAUUUCAGAAGUAUCCCACUGCACCCAAAAAAACCUUAAAUGAAAUUGAAGGAGCUGUUAUUUCAUAAACAUCUCAUCAAAAGGUGACAAUUCCUAACUGGGAGUUUCCCUUCUGUCCAAGCUCAUAUCUGUGUGUGGCUUCUGAGACCAGAGAACUGCAGCCUCCUCUGCUCUGUGCCAGCAGAGCUCCCAGGAGCCAGAGGAAGCCGGGGCACCCCAGAGGGUCUUGCCCUCACAGGGGGACUGCAGGCAGGGGCUGUCACUGCAGGGUAACCCUGCAGCAGGCAGCACAAGGCAGGGGAAGGGCAGGCAUGCACAGCUCAGGCUGGAUUUGCAAAGGGAGAAAACCUUGCAGGGCACGUGGCUCAGCUGGGAGUGUGCUGGUGUUAAAGCCUCAGAGAUGGAGAGGCUGCAGCCAGGUGGGUUUGAGAGACAGCCAGGAAGGGCAAGAGGGUAGGAGCCCCCUACCCAGCCUUUCCUUGGAAACAGCCCAGCUCCCUCCCAGGGCCUCUCUGGCAGGUGUUGUGGACCAGCCGUGUGCUUUAUGUACGUAUGUGUAAAACCAUAUGUAACUAGUCAUUGGUUCUUUGCUUUGGGGUUUAUUUUUGGUAAUUUUUUUUUUGUUUAAAUUGUAAAGCCAUCCCCUGUUUUCAAGGGGGAAGCUGCAGGGGGAAGGCUGGGGAGAGAGGCAUCUCAGUUUGUAACAGGCAUCUGCCACUUCCCCUCUUCUGUAAUGAGUUUAAAUGAUUUAAAAAAAGAAAAAGUGAAAUAUCAGAGUUACCUAUCUUUGCCCAAAGAAUCCCAGUUGCACAAAGCGAUAUUCCGGUGUGUCAAUGAUUGUGUGUCAGUGUAUACUAUACAAAGAGGUACUUGUCACUCCCGUUUGUAAACUACAUUUGACAUUAAUUAAACAAGUAUAAAUCUUC